AUGCCAUGGAACGUCGGGGCAGUAGAUCAUUGUGGCAGCAUGUUUGCCCAAUGGACGGCAGUUGAGGCGGGAAACAUCUUCAUUGAGCUUCUCCUUCCAUGCAUGGUCAUUCUAAUGGUGUGGGAUCUACGCGUGGCCUCAGCGACCAAGAUAACCGUGGUGAUGGCCUUUUCGCUUCAGUUGCUAGCAACAAUCCCCAUCAUUGUGCGUCUCGUACUCCUCCAGCAAAGCACGACAGCAGACAAUGCCGCCAACCCGACGUUCACAAUCACCGACACCGUCGUGGUUACAGAAGUGGCAAUGCACUUUUCCCUUAUGUCGGCCACAUUUCCGUGCCUUCGCAAGUUCCUCCAGGUAUUCGACUUGAACAUGGGUGCCACAACGCACAUGGACUGUGAGCCAGGUGGCACUUACUACAGUCGGUCUCGCUCGGCAGGGAGCUAUGCGCUCCAGUCGAUGGAGCGAGGUUCCCGAGUGGGAAAUGAGGAGCUGCCUGGUGCAAAAUCUCGGUUUAAUUCCAGAGGGCAAUGUCAGACGGUCACAACAGUAUCGGGGGGCUUGAGUGAUGGGGUCAAUACACAGAAGUCGCAUCAGAAUCGUGCCCUUGACGAUGCUGAGAUGAGGAGUAUCGACAGUGAUGGAAGUCAGCAUGCGAUUAUCAGGCGGACGCAGUGGGAGGUUAAGGUGGAGUGA